AUGCUCGAAUCAAUAUUCCCUGUCAUUGCCGACAACUGGCCUAUCGCGGUAUCGAUACUGCUAGUAGGCUAUCUGCUAAGCAACUACUUCAACCAUGGCCUGAACAAGUACCCGGGACCUUUCCUUGCAAAAUUCACGAAUUGGUGGAGAUUCUUUGACGUAUAUGGACGACGACCGGACAUAACUCACCUCAAGUUGCAUCGUGAACUGGGAGACGUCGUCCGCCUAGGACCUAACAGCCUCUCUUUCUCCAACCCCAGGGCGUUGAAGACGAUCUAUGGGCUUAACAAGGGAUUCAUCAAGUCCGAUUUCUAUCCUGUUCAACAAGCCGUGAAGGACGGCAAGCGGCUGCCGUCCUUGUUCUCGACCACCGAUGAGGCGUUCCACGCCAAUCUGCGACGAUCAGUCAACAAUGCAUUCGCCAUGAGCCAGUUGGUCCAGUACGAGCCGGGUGUCAAUGAGACUAUCGAAAUCUUCCUAGAUCAGACGGACAAGCUGUACGCGAAGCCGAAUAGAAGAUGUGACUUUGCAGAGUGGCUACAAUUUUUCGCAUUUGACGUCAUUGGACAAAUUACCUACAGCAAGCGACAUGGCUUCUUGGAAAGAAACGAGGAUGUCGACGGCAUGAUUCGCUAUCUUGGCAAGCUCUUCUCUUACGUUGCUCCUGUCGGCCAGAUGCCCUGGAUCGACCUGCUCUUCCUGAAGAACCCAUUAGUCCUUCUUGCCGACAAGCUCGGCGUCAAAUUGUUCGCAUUUCCAAUUACUAAAUUCGCGUUGGCGCGUAUGAACGAGCGUUUGACCGAGAUCAAGGACCAAGGGCGUGAGAAGGGCACCAACAGGCCAGACCUCUUAUCCAUGUUUCUCAAGGCUCAGACCGACCGUCCAGACUUUAUGACAGACCAGCGCGUAUUGACCAUGGCGGUAUCCAUGGCCUUCGCUGGAUCGGAAACCACGGCCAUCAGUCUAGCUGCAGUCUUCUACUACCUCCUCCGCAAUCCACGUUGCUAUGACAAAAUUAUGGCCGAGUUGGAUGACGCAGUAAAGGAGGGCAGGAUCGAGAACCGGCCAAGCGGAACAGUCUCGUGGGCCGAAUCACAGAACUUGCCAUACCUCGACGCGUGCAUCAAGGAGGCUUUCAGAAUGCAUCCUGCCCCUGGACUGCCUAUGGAGAGAGUUACGCCAGCUCAAGGCAUCGAGAUUGACGGUCAUUUCAUCCCCGGUGGAACGAUAGUCGGAUGUAAUGCAUGGGUAAUACAUAAACGUGAAGAAAUCUUCGGCGCGCAAGUCGACAGCUAUAUUCCCGAGCGAUGGCUGGAUGCGAGUAAAGGGCAAGUGAAGGAAAUGAACGGGACCCUGUUCCAAUUCGGCGCCGGUGCAAGGACCUGCAUCGGCAAGAACAUCAGCUUGCUGGAGAUGUACAAGCUUGUGCCGUCGUUUUUGAGAAGGUUUGAGAUUCGAUUUGACGACCCUAGCAGAGACUGGAAGCUGCAUAAUGGUGAGUAG